GGUGAUUCUGCUGUCAUGACCGGGGAUCAUAAGCAGGGUGCGGUGUGCAUCUUUGGCACAGGAGACUUCGGCCGCUCACUGGGGCUUCGUCUGCUCCAGGCAGGAUAUGAGGUCGUGUUCGGCUCACGUGACCCUAAAAACAGGGCCAUUUUGCCCCAGGGUUCAAAGGUCAUGACCCACACAGAGGCAGCUCAGACGGCUCAGGUGAUCUUCAUAGCCGUGCAGCGGGAUCACUAUGAGUUCCUGACCUCUCUGACCCCUGCUCUGGAGGGCAAGGUGCUGGUGGACAUCAGCAACAACCUGAAGAGGGGCCAGUUCCCACAAUCCAACGCUGAGUACCUGAGCAGCCUGGUGCCGGGAGCGUCCGUGGUGAAAGGCUUCAACACCGUGUCAGCCUGGGCCCUGCAGUCAGGGGCGCUGGACGCCAGCCGACAGGUACUGCUGUGUGGGGAUGACCCUCAGGCUAAGCAGGCAGUAGUGAACAUUGCCCACAGUCUGGGGCUGACUACCCAGGACAGGGGCUCCCUUCGUGCGGCUGGGGAGGUGGAGGACAUCCCCCUACAGCUCUUCCCCAACUGGACGCUCCCUCUCUGGAUCACCACAGGGCUCUCCGCCUUCUUCUUCGCCUACCUGCUUGUGUAUGAUGUCACCUAUGCUUAUGUUGAGGACGGAAAAGACAACUUCUACCGCAUUAUGAUCGCAGUGCCCAAUAAGCUCUUCCCCGACGUCUCCCUGGCGAUGCUGGCUCUGUGCUACCUGCCUGGAGCUCUGGCGGCCAUCUUGCAGCUGCACAACGGCACAAAGCACCGGCGCUUCCCUGAUUGGCUGGACCGCUGGAUGCUGUGCAGGAAGCAGCUGGGAUUGGUGGCCUUGGCUUUUGGUCUUCUGCAUGUGCUCUACACCUUGGUCAAACCCAUCAGAUACAACAUCAUGCAUAGCGGAGACACUGGUGUGAUAAAACAGAUCAAAGAGAAUGUCACCAAGCCGUUUGACAACACGGAGGCCUGGAGGAAAGACUCCUACUAUUCCAUGGGCAUUCUAGGAUUCGGCAUGUUCCUGCUUCUGGGAAUCACCUCUCUGCCCUCCGUCAGCAACACACUCAACUGGAGGGAGUUCCGCUUCGUACAGUCCAAACUAGGUUACCUGACUCUGGUGCUGUGCACCGGCCACGGCCUGGUCUACGGCUGGAACAAGUUUCUGAAGCCUAGCAGGUACCACUGGUGUUUGCCCCCCUCCUACAUGCUCUCCCUGGUGCUUCCCUGUGUGGUCCUGAUGCUGAAGCUCGUCCUCAUCACCCCCUGCAUCCACCACCGCAUCACCCGCAUCCGGAACGGCUGGGAGAAGCCCGGAAAGAACCAAGGUCACCACACUACGGUCUCCUUGGGCAAAGCCACGUCUCUGUGAUGUAAUCAUGGCCAU